CUCAUGUUGAUGUUUCAUAGUGAGGGACCAUAGGGUGGGAUAGAGAUAUCCCUCACCCAGGUCCCCUUGUCUCAGUUCCUAAGGAAGUCAGCUCCUUAGGGAGCCAACAUUGAAUAAUUGCACUUCAACUGAAGCCACUCCAACCUUCCAGAGAAGGAUGGAUCCAGACAGUAACUCUCAGAGAUCACUCCACUCUGUGGAACUGCUGGACCAGAAUGAGCUCUGGGAAGCCUGCAGAAUGCUAUGACCUCAUCAGUGACGUAGGAAGGUUCUACACUCCCACAUUAACUACAAGCAUAGCAACUGCAGAACUCUCAUAUUUAUCCUUGAUAGAAUGAUGAUUUCCCCAACAAUCCUGUCCCAUGGACACAAUUCUUAUCAGUCCCAGACCAUAGCUGCAUUUAGGCCAAAAAAACUUCUAAAUAAUAUGAUUUUGGGGGAAAAGCCUAACUCCAAAGAAGGAAGGAGUCCCUUCUAGGUCUGUAGAAUGCACGCAUGACUUGUUGAGGCAGGAUUCAACAAGUUUGGCGCUCACCUGGAUAUUUGGGGAUGGAGAAGGACUAGUGUGGUCUAAGGACCAUGAGAGGAACUGAGCUGACAAACCUCGGAGGAGUAGCUGCUCAGGGCUAUUAGAAACUACCAGUCAGCAGUUCUUGACCCUGGAAGAUUGGGAUGGAUUUGUUCAAUGACCGCUAAAUGGGGCUCAUCAUUUGAUAUGGAAAUUGAAGUUUCAGGACUUGGAUGGAGAACAAUUGAAAGCUAAUCAGAGGACAAAUGUGGACAUCAACUAUGAAGAGCUAACAGGUACAGGUGAAUUUGAUCCUAUUGACAAGCAAUUGGAAUAUAGAGCAAACUUUGGCAGAUAGCCUUAGCUGCCCAAGAGAGUGUAGUAAAACUCUUCCUGAGGGUUUGGCAAAUUCCUUCACAGAAGUAAUACAAGGAGCUUCAGAAUCACAUCCUGAGUUUGUAGAUAGAGUAACAAAAGCUACUAAACAUCAAAUAACACACAAUGGCCUGACCGAUAUUCUUCUUUGUCAAUUUGUUUACCAGAAUGUUAACACUGAGGCUCUAAAGCUCUUGCCCCCAUACAGGCCAUGGGCAUGAUAACAGAUUUUUAGGGGCAUGCCAGGACAAGAAUAUGAUUGCAGCUGAAGUAAGUAGGCCCUAGGGAAAUUGUUUUGCUUGUGGAAAAGCGGGUAUUUUCAAAGGAUGUGCUCUACCUUGCAGCAAAAGCAGCCACCUGGAAAUAUGUCCAAAAUUCAGGAAAGCAAGGCAUUGGGCUUCUCAAAGUCAUUCAAAAUUAAUGCCUGAGAUGGCAGGAAAUGGGAUGUUGGGCCUGUCUCAGGCCCUGUAAAAAUACUGGAUAAUACAGCUCUAUCUCCCAGGUUUUUUAAUACAACCAGGAUUUCUGACCUGAUACAGGCAGGCAGAACAGACAAAAGAAUUGCAUUACACGCAGCAUUAACCCUUGUAUUAACAUCUGAAAUCAGAGCAAGUAAGAUUCCCAUGAGCUCACAGGGCCUGAUGCUGAAUAAUAUCAUUGGUCUUAUGUUAGGAAGGAAUUGAUAAGGAGUAUACAGGAAAGAUAAAGAUAUUAGCCAGAGCACUUAACAUCUCUAUAUAAAAAGGAAUGAAGCUGGCUCAGUUAAUUUUAUUACUAGUUAUUUUAUUUUAAUUAUUACUUAAUUUUUUAUUACCUAGUGAUAAUUUGGUAGAAGAAUAGUGAGACAGGAAAUUUAAACCCAGAUACUUCAAAUUUAUAUUGGACACAGCAAAUUACUAGGGAAAGAAUAUCUCUUUACACAGGAAAUGAGUUUUGGGGAGGAAUUUUGGAUACUGGAGCUGAUAGGUCUAUCAUCUCAGUGAAAAAUUGGUGAAGACACUGGCUGACGAUUGACCCUACUCAAUAAUUGAUUGGAAUUGGGAUCCCUGAGAAGAUUAGACAAUCAGCUAGGGAACUAGCUUGGUCAGAUGACAAGGGACACCACAGGACAUUUAGGCCAUAUAUUUUAGAUAUCCCACAGUCCCUAUGGAGAAGUGUCAAAGAAGCAUGCAUGCAAGAGAGAAUUUAUAUGCAUGCAAGACAGAAAGCUGAGGACAAAAGGGCUGUCAGUCAAGUGACAGUUCCAUUGGAAUGUUCCUGGGAAACAGUUGGAGCCAAGCCAGCAGCUGAGCCAGGCUGAACUGGACUGAGAAGCUCUGAACUGAAUCCCUUUUGGCUUCUGAAGCUGGGGGAGAGGCUUAUGAGCUAAGUUUUGACUGAUUGUGACUGAUGGUGAAGACCCUGAAGCUUUUGCUGACUGACUGAUAUUUACCUGGCUGGUUAGAAGAAAAGAAGACAUAUAGUUGUCCUCAUACCUCCCUGACAGACUUUGUGUCACAGUUGUGACAGAUCUGCCAUUUCCCUAAUACCCUCCAAACCAAGGCUUCUUGUAGAGAAUAGGGAAAACCCCAUCCCUCUUACCUCAUCCUCUAUCCUUGUCCUGUCUUCCCCAAUAAACCUCCUUACUUGAGAAAGGAAGAGAAGAGAGUAUUUCCUCUAAACCUCAUAAUUCGCACUGAGUGAAACUGAAGGGAAAGGGGGGAGGGACGAAGCUGAAAGGCUUUUGAAGAUGAAGGUGAAGGGUGGAGGGUAGGAAAACCUUUGAUCCAUUAGUCAUCUAGAGAAUCAAUAUACACCCUCAGAAGUAUCCAUUUAUUAUAAAACCCCAGUAUCUAUUAUAAUUGGUACCUCUAAGACAGACUGAACCCCACAAUCCUUAGAAAGGCAGAGAAGUAGAAGACAUGUUUAAGCAGGUUAUCUUUGGAGUUGUGGUUAUAGCAGUUAUUGCUUGUUUCUGGGUCUACAACGUACUCUACAGUAAAAUGACCCACAUAAUAUUUGACUCUAUUAACGAUAUAGGCAACACAACCAGGUCUAUAUUGCAUUUACCUUUUCAAAUUGAAUUAAUACUUCUGGCUCAACUUUAUGUGAUCUUUAUGGCUGUUUUACAGACUCUAACCUAUUUGAGAAAGAUUUUUAGAUUUGUGAUUCCCCUAAAGGCAGAAAAGAUACUGGUUAUUGAUAACAACUUGGAAAGCAUGAUUAAGAACUUGUUUAAGGAUUUGAUCAAGGAAAAAGGGCUUGAUAAUAUUAGAGAUAAAGACAAUGGACAGGCAGAUAGUGUACCUAAGGGAAAUGAAGGUGACAAUGACACCAAGCCUGACAAUGAACCAGAGAAUAUUUGUCCAUUGAAGGAGGUCACCAAGCUAUCCAGUACAACUGGUGUACUUCCAUCUAAAGUCCACAGACAAUUCACCUCACAGGAACUUGAAUCCCUAAAAAGACAUUUCCCAAAAUACAUAGAACAAUCUUUCAAAUCUCAAAAGGAACUGAAACGUGCUUUUAGGAUGUUUGACCCUGAUUUUGAGGAUGUUGAGUUUCUUCUCUCAGAACUGUUUAGCCCCCAUGAGCAAAGGCAAUUCCUAGAAAAGACCAGGAUUGAUAGUAACCUUACUAUUUGGCCCACUGUGGAGCAAAGGGAAGAUCUAGACUUUGCAAACCCCACUAGCAUGUCUUACUUAAGGAAAUACAGAGAAGACUUGCUCCAAGCAAUUAAACAGUGCUGUUCAAAGCCAAAUGCAUGGGCUAAGUUUGAUAAGAUCAAGCAGAACAAAGGGGAACAUCCUGCCACAUACAUUGAUUGUCUGUCAGAAAUGGCAGAAUCAAUAUUAGGUCUAGAGACAAAUACUGAGGAAUCUGCAAGUCAUGUCUGGAGGCAGUUUUUGAGGGGCUGCACACCUCAUUUAAAGAACUUCUUUAAGCACUAUUUCCCUAAGUAUGACACAGUCAAUCCCAUUGAACUUCACGAAACAGCCAGUUACUUGCAUGAUACAGAUGCAAGACUUAAGAGACAAAUUAGAAAUGACAGAGAAAAAUCUAAAAGAAAAGGAUAGAAGAAAUCAAGAAACUGAACACAGUUAUACAAAAUCUAGUUACACAAAACUUACUUACAAACCAAAACCAGUGCAGAGAGAAACUGGGGAAUGCUUCUUCUGUCACAAAAGAGGACACCUUAUUAAAAAAUUGUUUUUUGAAGAAGAAACAUGAAAUUAACAACAAGAACAUACAAAAUUCACAAACUAGGUACAAAAAGUCCACUUGCUCUUCUCAUUGCACUCUAAAAUCCACAAAUCAAGGAAAGGAUUUGCAAGAGAUGCAACAUGCCAUUAAAACUGGAGCUAAACCUAAGUACUCAGACAUGGUUAGGAAAGAAUUAUGAAGCCAGGCUUAUAAGGUAUAUAGUGUGACACAUGGAGAUAGAAGAGAUAGUGGAAAAGAGGCUGCUGUAAGAUAGUAGACAAAAGAUAAGAAAUGGUGAAAAAUCAGUGCAAGAAAGUGAAUCUGUGAGUGAUAGCUAUUGCAAUAAAUCAAGAGAAAGGCAGAGACAAAUAAAAGAAAUUGAUGAAGAAAUUAAGGAAAUAUCAUCUCAAAAAGCAAGUGAGAUAAGAGAUUUAGAAAAAAAGCUGCAUGGUAACCACACAGGAAAAAGGUACAAAGGAAAUAAAAUAUUAGAGAAGUUUCUGCAGUGUAGAGUGGGCAAUGGGAUUGAAUUGUGCAAAAGAAAAAGAAAGAAAAAGUCACAAGAACUCAAGCAAGAGUUAGUGAGAGAAACAGAGAGACAUAAUUUCAAUUCCCUAAAGGUUACUAUUGCUAAAGAUGAAAAUACUUUGAAACCAUUCACAAAUUUGCAUUACAUCCCACCAAACUCAGUUAAUUUGUCCAAUGGCUACAUGGCAAUGGUACCCUUAGAAAAAACAUCUAAUUUGAAUCCAGAAGCUCUAAGGACUUCCAUCCAUCAAUGAUUGAUUUAGAUAAGACAAAAUUAACUGAAAAUGGAGCUGAAAUUACAUUUGAAAACAAUCCUAUUCAAAGUAAUGGAGGUGAUAUGACAGUUGAAUUUGAAAAGAGGGAUGGAAUGGAAGUCUUAGUAACUGGAAUAACAACCAAGGAUUCAAAUGAAGCCAACAUUCUAAGUGGCAGAUGGGUAUCUAGCCAAAUAAACUUAUAUGAGAUAAAUAACAGCGAUGAUUUAGAUUCAUGUUCCAAUGUAGCAGAGGAUAUAAUACCAAUAAUCUCAAAGGUAGACUUCAUAGGAAAUGAAUCAAAUUAAAAAGAAUUAACUGAGCCACAUAUGCAGCUGGCAGAGGGUAGCAAGGAAAUGAACAGUGAUUUGGUGGCAAUAAAUACUUUAGCUACACACAGGCCAGAACCAUAUGUAUGAAUUAAGGUGGAAAAGAAAAAUUACAAGGCUCUCUUAGGUACUGGUGCUUCAAAAUCUGUCCUAAAGAUAUGUCCAGGGGAUACCAACAUAGGGGGUAUGGUUUCUGUAGCUGGAGCAACAGGACAAAUAUAACAGGUCCCUGAUCUCAAAAGCACUUUGGUCAAAUUGGGUCCUCUCUCCAUAGAUCUAAUUCUCUCAUGUCCAGACAACCUUUUAGCUAGAGAUUUUUUGUGUAAGAUUCAAGCAACUUUACAAUGUGAAAAAUCUGGGAAAUUUUAUUUGCAUUUACCCAAGAAUUCACUGAAACACUACCCAUUGUUAUAUUUAGAACAACUAGAAGAAGAACCUGAAAAAUUCAAGUUGUAACAUCUAUGUAUGCAUACCAACAGAUAUACCACAAGGGAUGUUUGCAAAACAUCAAAAUGAUGUGGGUAGGAUCAAGUCGAUUACUCCUGUCAGAAUUGUGGUCAGGGUAGGAAUACCACCUAAGACACCACAAUACAAAUUGAGUAGAGAAGCAAAAGAAGGGAUAAUACCUAUCUAUCAUAAAUAGUUUGCUUAAACAAGGCAUAUUGAGACCUAUGGUAUCUGAAUACAAUAGCCCAAUUUUAGCGAUUAAAAAGAAUAAGCUAAAUGAAGAUGGCACUACUACCUGGAGAUUUGUGAUGGAUUUAAGGACCAUGAAUAAUUUUAUAAGGAAAAGACACACUGUCACACCAUCACCAAAUGAUAUAACCCAAAUACCUGCAGAAGCUAGGUGGUACACAAUGUUAGACUUGAGCAAUGCUUACUUUACCAUAUCAUUGCACCCUGAUUCUCAAAAUAUUUUGCUUUCCAAUGGGGACAAACUCAGUUGUGCUAUACUAGGAUGUUCUGAGUCUGCUUCAAUAUUUUGUCAACUGUUGCAAAGAGAUCUAGCCACCAUAACUUUCAAACAUAGCAGAUUAAUAUGCUAUGUGGAUGAUUUGCUGCUAGCAUCUCUUGACACUAAAACAUGUUUGGAAGAUUCAAAGAAAUUAUUGAUAGAACUUUAUAAGAGGAGACAUAAAGUUUCAAAAAAGAAGAUUCAGUGGUCCUUAUAACAGUAGAAUAUUUAGGAUUUGUCCUGGAGGGGGGCACCAGGAAAAUCUCUAAUUAAAGAAUAGCAGACAUAUAGAAGCUAGGCGUCCCUAGAACUAAGAAAGAACUUAGAGCUUUUCUAGGGGUUGCUGGCUUCUUGAGGCAGUACAUAGUGGGAUAUUCUCAUAUUUCCAAAUGUUUAACUGAUUUGACAAUGAAGGACAUUAAAGAACCAUUACAAUUAAGCAAAGAAUAUUUACAUGUUUUGUCACAGUUGAAAGGAGCUAUUGUAUCAGCUCCAGAUUUGGGAAUACCUGAUUAUAAGAAAGAAUUCCACUUGCAUGUCCAUGAAGCUUCUGGAAUGCUAGCAUAGAAUUUUGGGUUAAAUCUAAGGGCCAUUGUGUUUUACAGUUCUAUACUUGACUCGGUUGCAUAAGGCAUGGUGCAUUGCCUCAGGAGCAUAGUAGCUACAGCUCUAAUGGUCAAGAAGUCAUAUGAUAUAGUACUGGGAUGUAAAUUGCAUGUGUAUUCUUAACACCAAAUUGAAAAACUUACAUUCACAGAAUAUGCAUUCAUUCACCAAUGCAAGAAUAUCCCAGUAUGAAGUCAUUCUGUUAGGCAAUGAUAGCAUCACAAUUCAUUGAUGUGCACCAUUGAACUCAGCGACUUUAAUUCCUGAUUUGCCAAUAGGUGGAGAAGUAUUGCAUGAUUGUGAUCAAAUAGUAGAACUCAUGCACAAGCCAAAUGAUACAUCUCUAAUACAAAGAUACAUCUCUAAUCGAUCCAGAAAUAGAGUUAUACACUUUUGCCACUGUACCUUGGUCAUCAUACAUAUGGAAAAACAGAGGGUAUAAAACUUUGACUGGGAAACCAAUUGCAUAUGGCAACCUAAUAGAAAGUAUUAUAAGAGCUGUAGACUUUCCUAAAGAGGUGGCCAUUAUCCAUUGUAAGGCACAUACUCAUGGGAAGGACAGAAUAUCCCUAGAGAAUGACAGAGCAGACAUAACAUCAAAAUAUGCUACAAGGUUCAGUCCCCAUCAUGUGCUGAAUUUCUCUCUGAUCAAAAGGCAUAAUCUCACUGAAGUCUACAAAGGAGAAGAAAUACAGUCAUGGAAAGAGCAGCUAGGCACUAAACUAAUCAAAGGUGUCUGGAUUGCUCAAGGGGGUAAACCUAUUCUCCCUAAAAAGCUAUAUCAACAUCUAUGCACCAUAAUUAAUGCAAAGGGACAUUAUGGAGUGCAAGGGAUUCUGGAUACCAUAAGGAGGUAUUGGACAGCACCAGGAAUUACAACAAAUGCCAUUAGAACUUGUCAGGCAUGUGAAACAUGCAGGAGAUAUAAUUAAGGACAUUUUAAGAGCAUAGCAUUGGGAGGCAGACCACUCAGCUAUAUGCCUUUCCAGUGUAUUCAAAUUGAUUAUAUCAACAUGCCUAAAGACAAGGAAUACAAAUAUGCUUUGAUGAUUGUAGAUAGACUGAUUAGAUGGUUUGAAGCAUGUCCGUCCAAGAAAAAUGAUAUUGUAACAGUAGUGAGAUUUUUAUUCAAGGAGAUUAUACCUAGACAUGGCAUUCCCAAUACCAUAGAUUCGGACAAGGGGUCACACUUCACUUCCUGGGUUCUACAAGAAAUUUGGAAGAACUUGGGGAUUAAGUGCAACUAUUAAUGCAAAAAUUCAGUUUAUCGGCCCCAAAGUUAUGGUCAGGUCGAGCGUAUGAACAAAGAAUUAAAGACACAAAUAGGUAAACUCUGUUCAGAAACACACUUAAAAUGGACAGAUGUUUUGCCUCUUGCUUUGUUCAACAUUAGAACCAGGCCUAGGACUGAUUUGCAUAUAUCACCAUUUGAAAUGCUAUAUGGUCAGCCACUUUGGCAUGGUAGGACAGUAAAGCCACCUUACUUGUCCAUGUUAAAAGGGGAAUGUGUUUUUCAUGAAUACUUAAAACAGAUACAAUGUAUGAAAUGUAUGAUUGAAGAACUAAGGAAACUGGGUUUACUUGCGCAAAGAAUACCACCAGAUUUUUCAUUAAGAUAAAACCAGGUGAUAAAGUAUAUGUCAAGAAUUUUAAUAGAGAAUCCCCUACAGAACCAAGAUGGAUUGGACUAACAAUGGUUGUAAUGGCAACCCCAACAUCUAUAAAGGUUGAUCAAAGAGAUCCAUGGUUCCAUGCUUCACAUGUAAAAUUGCAUCACAUCCAUAAUGUCGAUUAGCCCAUGGAAAAUAAUCAACAAUCAAUAGCAGUCCCUAAUGAAAACAAAGAAAGCACAUGAAAGUACAUAUCACCAAAGUACAGACAAGAGAGCUUUGCACAUGUUAAAAUGAAAACAGGAAAGCAACCCUGAAGCAAAUAAUACAGUUAAAAAGAUAUAUAGCCAGCAACACAGACAAAAAAGAAAUAUGCAUUUAAAAGAGUAGCAGCCACAGGAAAUCUCUAUAUUAUAUAUAAAGUCUCUGCCAGCCACAGUAAUUGUACAGAAAGAAACAAUGUUAUUUCAAUGAAUACAUAAUUCUCUAAAUUCUAUCUCCAAGAAAUAAUUACAAUAACCAUAUAAAAAAGUCAAACAUCAAAAAGAUUAGAAAAAACCUUGAAUCAAUAUUCAUAACAAAAUCCUAAGAACUUAUGCACAAUACUAUUAUGCUUAUACCCACUCAUGAAGAUGUACCUAUGCAAAUCUUACUUACAUGCAUGAACAGGAACACAAGUAAAGCUUACUUACAUGUAUGAACAGGAACACAAGUAAAGCUUACAUACAUGAAGAAGAACACAUGUAAUAUUUACUUCCACUCAUGAAGAUAAACACAUGUAAUGCUUACUUACACACAUGAAGAAUUACUGAUAAAUUCUGACAAGCAUUUAUGAAGAACUCGGCUUACUUCCAUGUACAUGAAAUUUCAAUCUUACAUGCAUACACACGUAUAAACCUUACACACAUGCAUGUUCUGGGUUCCAGAUUGUUCCUGAGUUUGUUCCUGAACUGAAGAACACAGGACUACAAUCAAGACUGAAUGAAAGCUGACAACAGUGGCAUGAUGACCAGAAGAUGAAGACAGAGUUUAUACAAUCAACAUAAAAGGACAUGAAAGGACUUUGAAAGUUAGGACUUAUGAACAUGAGGAUAUGUAAGAAUGCAUCAUACAUGUUAUCAUCAUAUAUAUGCAUGCACGCACAUCCUACAUAGAAAUGGAAGAUAUCUCAUGGAAUGGGUAAGUAUACAAUGUACAGCAUAGCUGCAUAACACAAAGUCACACUGAUAAAAAAUUUCUGUGGAAAAUUCAGACAAAAGAUUUUCUUAUCUGCAUGAAUUUGCAUAGAAAUAUAGAACAAUAUAUGAUGUACAUAUGUAAAUCUAUAUAGGCACAACCUAGGUAUACAUGUAAAUACUAAUUUAAUAAACUAACUAUAUUAUAAUAAUUUAUUAAUAUUCUAAUUACUAACAAGAGUGACAGCUUAGUGAAUGUUCAGGUCUUCGGAAAGUAGAGACAGAUAUAGAACUACUGAAGUACAGAAGUUAGAUUGCAUUAUGAUUUUAGGUUAGCAAUUGUUAGUGAUAGAAAAUUUUCUUAGUUGAAUUUAUAUACAUUAGGAGAUAAGACAGUUCCAUAUUCAAAAUGUUAUAGAAAUUGUUGGAAUGGUUUGAAAAUUGUUACAUGAUGUGUUAUUAUGUAAAAAAAAAACAUGUUCAUGUAAAUCCUUAUUACCUAAAACAUUUUCCUAUACCCAAUCUUAGCAUAGAACUAGACAGAAUAGCUAAGUUAGGAUUUGUUAUUUUGGGAGGGUAAAGGAAUGUUUAAGAUAGUAUAGAGUUAAGAAUAGUUAGAGAUAUAUGGAUGGUAAGUAUCAUUAAAAUCCGCACAUUUUGAAGACAAAAAAGGGAGGUAUUGUCAAAGAAACUGCAUGCAAGAGAGAAUUUACAUGCAUGCAAGACAGAAAGCUGAGUACAGAAGGGCUAUUAGUCAAGUGACAGUUCCAUUGGAAUGUUCCUGGGAAAGACAUUUGGAGCCAAGCCAGUAGCUGAGCCAGGCUGAACUGGACUGAGAAGCUCUGAACUGAAUCCCUUUUGGCUUCUGAAGCUGGGGGAGAGGCUUGUGAACUAAGUUUUGGCUGCUUGUGGCUGAUGGUGAAGAUCCUGAAGCUUUUGCUGACUGAGAAGAAAAGAAGACAAAAAGAAAAAAAGUUGUCCUUAUACCUCCCUGACAGACUUUGUGUCACAGUUGUGACAGAACUGCCAUUUCUACCAUAUUCUCCAAACCAAGACUCCUUGUAGAGAAUAGGGGAAAACCCCACCCCUCUUACCUCAUCACCUCAUCCUCUAUCCUUGUCCUGUCUUCCCCAAUAAACCUCCUUACUUGAGAAAGGAAGAGAAGAGAGUAUUUCCUCUAAACCUCAUAAUUCACACUGAGUGAAACUGAAGGGAAAUGGGGGGAGGGGCAAAGCUGAAAGGCUUUUGAAGAGGGAGGUGAAGGGUGGAGGGUAAGUAAAAUCUUGAUCCAUUAGUCAUCCAGUAUUGAUCAAUAGACAACCUCAGAAGUAUCUCUCUAUUACAGAUUAUCACUCUAUUACAGAAGGGAUAUCUUAUCUGAGAUGAAUUUAACCUUAUUUACAUGUCCUACUAUAUACAAAAGGAUUUUCUCUUAGGGCUUCUGAAUAGUUCUCCCAUUCAAUUCACUGAUCCAAUAAUGUAGUUGGCAUCCAAGCCUCUUUGGAAUAAUCAGUGGCCCAUAACAGAGGAGAAUCUUCAACAUGUUAAUAGAUUGGUCCAGGAACACUUAGAAUUAGGUCACAAUCAAGAGAUGAACAGUCUGUGGAACAGGCCAAUUUUUACUGAUCCAAAGAAAUCAGGUAAAUGGAGGUUAGUCUGUGAUUUAAGAAAAGCAAAUGAUCAGAGGGCAAAUAUGGGAACUUUACAGCCAGGGCAUCCCUUCUCCUACAGCUAUUCCAAAUGAUUGGAUAUGGAUAGUUAAUAGAUUUAAAAGAUUAUUUCUUUCAUAUACCUUUGUCUCCUGGGAACUGUUCUAGAUUUACAUUCUCAGUUUCAUCAGUAAGUUUUAAAGAACCAAUGAGGAGAUAUGAAUGUCAGUUGUUACCACAGGGAAUGAAAAAUAGUGCCACUUUGUGUCAAAAGUUUGUAGCACAAGCAUUGACACCAGUCAGAAAAAAAUUUCAAAACCAAUUCAUUUGUCAAUACUUGGAUGAUAUUCUCAAACAGCUCAAUCUAAGGAGAUAGUGUGUGAGAUACUGUCAGAAGCAGAAGCAGCUUUAGGAAAAGCAAAUUUGUUAUUGCACCAGAAAAGGUCCAGAUUGUUCCACCUUAUAAGUAUUUACAAACAAUAGUGACUAUAUCCAAGAAAUAAAACCUCAAAAAAAAAAAAAGGAAAUUCAUAGAGACUGCUUAAAAAUGCUAAAUGACUUUCAAAGAUUAAUGGGUGAUAUUAAUUGGCUUAGACCUUUCCUGAAAACUACAGGGGAACUGAGGCAUUUAUUUUGUACUCUACCUUAGGGCACUUACUCCUGAAGCUAAGAGGGAACUGCAAAAAGUUGGAGCAGCAUCAUCUAAAGCAAAGUUAUUUAGAAUAUACACUUCUCAACCUUUAUACUAAAGCCUCUAUACUAAAAACUAGAUACAUAACAACUAGAGCUUUAUAUCAAAAUGAGCCCAUCAUUGAGUGGAUUCACUUAUCCAAUCAGCAAACAAAAUUGCUAACCACUUAUUUAGAAUUGAUAGUAUUGUUUAGUAAUUCAGGUUAGGAAAAGAUCCAGGCAAUUAAUAGGCAAUGAUCCUUGUACAAUUAACCUGCCAAUGUCACAGGACCACAA